AUGUCUGAUAAUAAACAAAUUGCCGGAUUAAUCAUUGAUUUUUUAAAAUCAUCCGUCAAGGAUAAUUCUAUUUCAGAAGAUUACAUUGAUUCUAUGGAUGUAGCUAUUGAUUGUAUCGCUGAUGCCUUUGAAAUCGAUAAAGAUGAAGAACUUAAGGGUAAAUCAUUAAAAGAUUUACUUAAAGGAGGUUCCAAUGUUUCCGAAACUAAAGCCGAAUCAGUUACUGUUGACGAAUCAGAUAAAGUCAAAGCUGAUGAAUUUAAAUUAGAAGGUAAUAGAGCUAUGGCAGCUAGAGAUUUUGCCACUGCUAUUGAUAAAUAUACUAAAGCCAUUGAAUUAAAUCCUCAAAAUGUGGUUUAUUUAUCUAACAGAGCUGCUGCUUUCUCAUCCAAUGGUCAACAUGAUAAAGCUAUUGUUGAUGCUGAAUCAGCUAUUAAAUUGGAUUCAAGCUUUUCAAAAUCUUAUUCCAGAUUAGGAUUAGCUAAAUAUGCUUUAGGUGAUGCUAAAUCUGCCAUGGAAGCUUAUAAAAAAGGUUUAGAUAUUGAAGGUGAUAAAAGAUCCGAUGCUAUGGCUAGAGGUUAUGAAACCGCUAAGAAAAGAUAUGAAGAAGAAUUAGAAAAAUCUAUUCCAAAAUCUGAUGUUGCCACUUCUGAAAAAUCCACUGAAGGUACUAGUGCAAAUGCAGGUUCAGGUGCAGGUGCUGGAGGUUUACCAGAUUUCUCAUCAAUGUUUGGUGGUGGUGGAAUGCCAGAUUUAGCCAGUAUGAUGAAUAAUCCUCAAAUUAUGCAAGCUGCUCAACAAAUGAUGCAAAACCCUGAAGCUUUACAAGGAUUAAUGAAUAAUCCAAUGUUAAAAAAUAUGGCUCAAAAUAUGGGUUUAGGUGGUGAAAAUGGUCAAAUGCCAGAUAUGUCAGAAUUAAUGAACAAUCCAAUGUUGAAAAACAUGGCCAAUCAAUUUAUGAACAACCAAGGAAAUAACGGUGAUAAUAAUUAG